GUUUGAUGUUGUUCCUAUCUACAGAUGCUGAUGCAGCUAGCGAUCUGGUGCAGGUUCCGAGCAUGUUAUACCAAGGUAUCUUACUUCUUGGACUCAUCGGUAGAGCAACUCUCGGAUAUGCAGCUUUGCAUGCUGCAACAGUUUCUAUCCAGCCGCUUCUUAUUGCUGGGUGGUGUGGUUUAACAACAACGGCUUUUAUAUAUGCUUCCUGUUGGAUGUUUGGAUGGAGGAAGAGCGCAGCUCGGCAGCCCUUUGGCACUUCCUUGGGGACUCUACGUGCUAAUUUGCCAGUUACAAAAAAAUUCUGAACUCUGCAACUUCGAAUGUUACUUUUUUUUUUGGUCAAACAAAGAAGAUGUUUCUUAAAGAGUACAUUGGUUUUGAACGGAGAAAACCAGAGAAACCGUGUCUGAACGUUGUGACCAAGAUUGGAACGAUGUGGCCAAGAUUGGAACGAUGUGGCCCUGACGCUCCUGCCUGUAUGAAACGAUCUCGCAGAAGUAGUAGGCAUAGGGCUUGUAACCACAUUUUGAUGAUUGUCGUUGCGUAUGUAAGCAGAUGUUGUAGUUAGGGACAAUCAGAGGCAAUUUUUCUUGGCAUUAUUUAGACUGCCAGAUAUAUUGAGUCAUGUAUGUAUGCUGAUGAAGAAGAAGAAUUUUAAACUUGUUGAA